GCUAAGACAUCAACAACAAUGAACAUGAAGAUCGCUGUUGUCUUAUGCCUUUUCGGUUUGGCACGUGCCAGUAACCUCUACGGUAGUUCCGCUCUCGGCUCACCAGCUCUAGCUCAGCAGGGACUAGGUCAUGGAUAUGGUGGACAUUUAUCUGGCUUAGGUUACGGCGCUAAUCUGGGUCACGGUUCAAGCUUCGGAUACGGUACAGGUCUAGGAUACGGAGCUGGUCAAGGAUACAGUGGCUGGCAAGGUUAUGGAUCCAACGGUUAUAGAGGCAAUUACGGAAGCUAUGGAGGUUACGGAGCUAAUUCAGUCUAUUCUAGUUUACCAGCUUCAGUGACCCAAUACAGUACAGUACAUCCACCCUCACCAGUUUCACCCGUCUCCGGAGGAUACGGCAGUUAUGGUGCCUAUGGUCUUGGAUCUUACGGCAACCAGGGCUAUGGUGGUUACGGAUAUGGAGGGUACCGACAGGGUUUCGGUGGCUAUGGAAAUAAUUGGUGAAGAAAUAACAUUAUGUGUGUUCUAAAAUGAGUAAAAAUAAAUCA